CUUACAAUUUGUGUUCAAAAAUGAUAAUUAACAAAUAAAGAGUAAUCUAUAUAAGCAAAAGUUCUCAUUCAAAGAUUCUAAAUUACAUGCAAUAGGUAAAGGCGUUUGAUAAAUUUGAAUUCAAAAUGGAAGUUACACCUGCAGCCAAACAGGCUCUUAUGUGUUUCUUAAUAUCAAACUUAACGUUUAUUGUCUGUUUUUUAACUGGAGUGCUGGGAUCUUCAUCAGAAUUAUGGGCUCUUAAAUAUUGGGGGCCUGCAUUGUACUUUUGUUUAAUUAAUUUCGUGUUGAAAUACUGCUACAAGGGUUUCAUAUACGAGGUAUCAAUAAGAGCAUCGGGAUUGGGAGCAGCAAUGGCUGUUGGCAUGUACUUAGUAUCAUUUAAUAAUGGCUGGAAGGUUUUCGGCUUGUAUGCAGUGGCUCUUACAUUCUUCCACUUCUCCGAGUUUGUGGCAGUGGCAUUAUCCAACCCAAAAACAGUGACCAUAGACUCAUUCAUCCUGAACCAUAGUGUACAGUAUACUGCCGCUGCAGUAGCCAGUUGGGUGGAAUGGGCUGUGGAGUACUACUUCUUCCCGGACUUAAAAACACACUUCUGGCUUUCAAGUUUAGGUGUGGUAAUGUGCCUUGGUGGAGAGCUGCUCAGAAAAACGGCCAUGUUCACGGCUAAGCAUAACUUUACACAUACUGUGCAGUUUGUGAAGAGACCAGAACAUCAGCUGGUGACUCAUGGUGUAUAUUCACUGUGUCGACACCCGAGCUAUGUGGGCUGGUUCUACUGGUCUAUUGGGACUCAGAUAAUAUUAUUGAACCCUAUCUGCGUGUUUGUGUAUGCGCUGGCAUCAUGGAUGUUUUUCCGUGAGCGCGUGUACGCGGAGGAGAUGACUCUGUUGGCAUUCUUCGGCAUACAGUAUGAUGAGUACCAGAAGAAAGUCGGCACUGGCCUGCCUUUCAUUCUGGGUUACGUCCCCGAGAACAGGAGACAGAACCUUAAAGAAGAUCACUGGAGCUACUAAUCUAAUAAUCAUGAAGGUUUAAGGUAAAAAUAGAGAAUUAUACAAACCAAAAAAAAAAACAAUUUUGUAAAUACAGUUAUGGAUGUU